AUGCGGCCCACGUUGGGAAUCAUUGUUCUACAACUUCUCUUCCUACUGAUCAUUACUAUCACUACCCUCCUCUUCAUCAUCAUCAUCCUCAUCAUCACAAGCUUCCUAAUUCUUCUCCUCCUCCUCCUCCUCCUCCUCAUUCUGAUCCACCUUCUCCCUCUAUUCACCAUCACUGUCAUUAUUUUCUCCUCUUUCUCAGCGUCUUCCUCAUCUUGUGAUCAUCAUCGUCAUCAUCUUUUCUCCUCGUUAUCCUCCUACUUCGCCUCAUCUUCCUCAUUAUCGUCAUCCUCUACCCCCUCCUCCUCAUCAUCAUCACCGUCCAGACUUCUCAUCAUUUUCCGCCUCCUCCUCAUCUUCAUUGGGGUCAUAAUCAUCAUCUUUCCUCUUUAUCAUCAUCCUCCUCCUCAUCACCACUCUUCUCCUGUUCCCCCGCCUCCUCCUUUUCACCAUUAUCACCAGCGUCUUUCUCUUCAUCAUUAUCCUAAUACGUCUUCUCCCCUUCCUCACCAUCGCCAUAACAAUUCUUCUUCUACUCAUCAUAAACCUAUUCAUCCUACUCAUCAGUCGUCUUCCCUUCUCCCUCCUCCUCUUCCUUAUUAUCAUUAUGAUCAUCCUCCUUCUUCACCUCAUCAUGACCCACACCCUCAGCAUUUUCAUCAUCGUCAUCCUCAUCAUCAUAAUUUCAUAUCGUCAUCCUCCCCAUUCUUAUCAUCACCUGACUCAUUACUAUCAUCGUCAACAUUCUCCUCUUCCUCCUUCUCCUCCUCCUUCUCCUCCACAUCAUCGUCAUCAUCACAUUCAUCAUCAUGCACAACAAGAUUCUUCUGA